AUGGACAACUACAUCCGCGAGAAUCCGCCCGAGCAACAAACAUCGUGCAUCACUCUCUACUACAAGAACACGAUGUCUUCAGCAUACAAAGAAGACGAGAAAGCCGUUCAGUUUUCCCUGACGGUGGAGAGACGUUGUUUGUCGCGUUCUUUACCUCGAGGGCAGAGGAUGUCAGACGCCACGACAACCAACCGUGACUGGCGUAGGUUGAAUAUAACACUGUCUGUCAUUCCACAGCUGUUUGUCGCCGCAUCCUGGAUGCCCGGCCUGGCCAAUGACUUUAUGAUAAGCCCCACUCACAGAGAGCUGCCUGCGCUUCACAAAUCAGGACAAAACGAAAGGCGCCCCAAAGAUGAAGUAGCCAUUGUUGUGCCCAAAGCGAAAGAACAGCCGGUAGAUGCCAUCCAAAAAGGAACCAUUGAGACUAAGCUGGGAGGACACCCCGUCGUUCACAAACAAAUAGAUAUCUCUGGGAGGCCCAAGCAGGAUGGAGACCCAGUGGAAUGUGAAGGAAGAAAGGCAGUGGUGGGCGAGGAGGGGCGCAUCAUCACCAGCCCGAAUUAUCCAGACAAUUAUUCCGACGAAGAAAUAUGUGCCGUGAGGAUUAUCGCCGAGAACAGGGAAUGCACGCUGGAGAUUGACUGCUCCGACUUCCACGUGCAGGACUCAGAGGAUUGCAGAAAAGACUACCUGAUGAUUAAGGAGAAUAGCGAGACGAAGGAGAAAUUCUGCGAGACCACGCCCACCACCACCACUAUCACGACUACUGAGACCACGCCCACCACCACCACCAUCACUACCAGUGAGACCACGCCCACCACCACUACGGCCAUAGACACUACGACCACCAUCACGACCACUGAGGCCACGACCACCACGAGUUGCACAGGAUCGUGUCCUUGCGGUCUUGCCAAUCUAGCGAGGGUCGUGGGCGGGGAGGAUGUAGAUCCUGCCUACAAGUACCCGUGGCAUGUGGGAAUAAAGUAUGUAUGGAACAGAAAGUACUGGUGCGGCGGCUCCAUCAUUAACGACCGGUAUAUCCUGACAGCCGCCCAUUGUGUUAAAAACAGAUUUAGACGGUGGCUGGUGGUGGGCGUGGCCGACCACGACAUGACGUCCACCGACGGGGUGACCCAACUGGUACGCGUUCAGGAGAUUAUCGUUCAUCCUGACUAUAAUAUCAACACCCUUGACAGUGAUAUCGCGCUGCUCAAGCUGUCACAACCACUGGACCUGACUCAAGUCGAGCACAUUCGCCCCGUGUGUCUGCCCGCCGAUGACUCCAACACCUAUGCCGGCGAAGAUGCCACAGCGACAGGCUGGGGCAUACUUCAGUCCUGGGGAAGUCAACCAGCAAUACUGCAGGAAGUCACAGUGCCUAUUCUGGAUCCCUCCUGCCCGGGACAGAUAUCGAAUUAUAUCACUGAAAACAUGCUGUGUGCUGGCCUUGAAGAAGGUGGCAAGGACACCUGCCAGGGCGACGCGGGCGGUCCGCUUACUGUGCAAAAUGACUGUUCCAAGUAUGAGCAAGUUGGCAUCACCUCCUGGGGCUUUGGAUGUGCCGACCCUGGCAGGCCCGGUGUAUACACCAGGGUGAGCAGAUUCCUUAACUGGAUCUACGCCAACACUGUUGACGCCACCUACUGCCAGUAGUGGAACCAACUCUGCUGACGCCACCUACUGCCAGUAGUGGAACCAACUCUGCUGACGCCACCUACUGCCAGUAGUGGAGCCAACUCUGCUGACACCACCUACUGCCAGUAGUGGUGCCAACACUGUUGAUACUGUCUGCUGCCAGUAGUGGUGCCAACAUUGCUGACGCUGCCAGUAGUAGUGCCAACACUGCUGACACCACCUACUGCCAGUAGUGGUGCCAACACUGCUGACGCUGCCUGUUGCCACUAGUGGUGCCAACACUGCUAACGCCACCUACUGCCAGUUGUGGUGCCAACACUGCUGACACUGUCUGAUGCCAGUAGUUGUUCACCUUCCCUCCCUGCUGUUCUGAUAUGUUAAGCAGAAAGCCCCCAAGGUGUAAACAAUAAAACUGCAUUAAC